CACGAUGAAGACUCCGACAAGGAACCUGAGCCCCCUGUCAAGGUCGUUGACAAGACUCCUGCCCGGACGACCAAGCGCAAUGCUCCUGCAGAGGCGCCUGCUUCCAAGGCCCCAGUAACUGAUGGCCGAGGCGCUCGCCGCCCUGGUGGCAAUGAGGGAGCUUUCCGUGACCGCAACGCUGGCAGCGCAAACAACCGAGGAAAGCCAACUGAUGAUGGUGCGCAAGAGCGAAGACCCCGCGGAACCUAUGAGGGCCGUGGAGGACGUCGCCAGUUCGACCGACAUAGCCGUACUGUUGGCGGUGACUCCGAGAAGCAGGCUAGCCACGGCUGGGGCGCGACCGAAGGUAACGCUGAACUGGCCGACGAGGAGGCUGGCGAGGCUAUCGCCAAGACCGAACAGAAGGAAGCUCUGACCGGUGAAGCUGCCGAUGGCGAGGCGGCCGAGCCAGAGGAUCACAGCAUCUCCUACGCUGAUUACCUUGCUCAGCUCGCUGAGAAGAAGCUCCAGCUUGGUACCGGUAUCCCCGAGGCCCGCAAGCCAAACGAGGGCAGCAAGCAAGACAAGAAGUGGGCAAACGCCAAGCCUAUUGUCAAGGAUGAGGAAGAAGACUUCGUUGCUGGGUCCGGCGGAAAGGCCAAGCGUGAGCGUGAGCGUAAGCAGAAGCAGAUCCUUGAGAUUGACCAACGCUUCGUCGAAGCCCCUGAGCGUGGCGGACGUGGCGGUUUCCGUGGCCGCGGUGGCCGUGGAGAUGGAGCUCCCCGAGGCGGCAGAGGCGAGGGAUUCCGUGGAGGACGUGGAGAUGGUUCCCGAGGCGGACGUGGCCGUGGCGAUGGUCCCCACAGAGGCGGACCCCGUGGACCACGAGGCAACGCUGCCCCCAUCAACACCAACGACCCCUCUGCCUUCCCCAGCCUGGGAGCAGCGUAGACGCCUAGUCUAAAACGCGAAUCCGAUCUUCGUACGGUGUGAAUCUUUUUGACGACAUCACGACAGAUCGACG